AUGGCUCGAAUGACAUUGCUUCCCUCGACGAAUUCGUGGUGGAACGCGGCCAAUGUUCCGGGAAAGAGGAGUCAGAUGUUGCCGCAUAUAGGCAGAAUUAAGAUGUACGAGGCUCAAUGUUUGGAGAAGUUGGACAAGUGGAAGGGAUUUGAGGUGGGUUAUGCGAAAGGAGCAAAGGAGCAGUUAGCCAACAGCGAGACGGAGGGUGAGAAGGUGAGCGGAGGUCGUGAGGUGGAUGGAGAGGUCCAAGUUAUCAUCAGCGCUGUAUCAAGUUGA